AUGGAAGUUAUUCCUUUUGCAAUUACUCUAUGCCCUGAUCUUUGCACCUGUCAAGUCUGCAUUAAAAAAUAACCAGAACAAGAAGAACCUUAAGAAUAAAAGAAAUAUCAAAAAAUCAUUAAAUAACCAAGACAUAGAAGAUUGUCUAUUUGCGGAUUUAAGGAUGACUUUUUAACUAUUUGCUAGAUGUUAUAAAAGCAGGAUGAAGUUGUUAGGCCAAUAAAUAUUAAUAUAAUAGAUACUGUUAUUUUGAAAGACAGAGAAUUUGUGUUUUAUGCAUUUUAUGAUAAUGGUUUCAGAUGUAUCAAGAACAAAUCAUUCUUUCAUACAGAAAUGGAAAAAUAUUUAAUCGAGAGAAAAAUAGAGUUUGAAGUUGAGUAUCAAGUAAAAUAAAUCAAGGCUGGCAUUCAUCCUACUGUUAAAUUGUCGGAUUAUUAUGAAAAUAGUACCUAGGUAAUGGCAAAAUUAAAAUAACAAAUUUCUGAAUUAUUGAAUGGAUAAAGCAUUUUAAUGGCAAGAUAUCAGACAGGUGAAACAACUUUAAUUGGGAAAUUCGAAUUACAUUAAUUGGCAGUUUUAUCAAAAACAAAUGUUAUAUUUGACAAUCUACUCCAUUUAUAAUUAUAUCUCUAUAAUGAAAAGUUAGCAUUAGAUUGUAUUGAGACUAAUAAAAGAAACUCUAAAGAUUAUUUUAUCCAUAGAUAUAAAUAUGUUAAGGACAAUUAGUUAUUUGGUGAUAUUGUGUGUGAGCAGUCCUAUUUAACAGAUCCAUCACUCAGAGGUUAAAGGUAAUGGAAUAAAGAAAAGGAGUAUUCAGACAAUUUAAGUUUAAAAGAAUAUUUUAAAUAUACUUGCCAUAAAAUAGCUGUUUAUAUAUAAAGUUUUCAUAAAUAAUGUAUAAAUGAGAUGGAAGUACAUUUUAUUGUCAAUCACCCUAAAAAUAUAUCUAUUAUCAAUAUUAUUGGGUUAAAAAUGUCAAAAGCAGAAGAAACUCAAUGGGUAAUCAAGACUGGAAGAGUGCUAAGUACAGCAGAGAAGAUUCAAAUCAAUGAUAUAGAUUUAAAUGAAAAUAAUAAACCUUAAACUUAAAGAUCCUUAGUUAUUUCUUAAACACUAAUACCUCACACAUAAAAAGUGAUAGAAAAGAUUAAGCCUAUCACAUCUUAAGUUAUUGAAAAUAACAUGUAAGGCACUAGAACUUAAGAGGCUUUCAAAAUACUAAACCCGGGAAUAAAUGAGUCAAUCAAUGAAAUAUUAGAGAAUUAGCAAUAUUAAAAAAUGAUUCGAAACUUUCCAAAAUAAUUAAAGAGAUAUCAAAGUAUGCAGAGGGAUUCAUCAAUCAGAACUAGAAUUGAAGAUUAACCUCUUACAACCAGUAGAGAUGUUUAAAAAGAUGACUAUUUAAUGAAAAUUAGAUAAAAAAAGAAAAAAUAAACUAUAAACUCACCAUUUCUUAGAAGCAUCUCUAGAAGAUUUUUUACUAGAAGAAAUUCAGUUGACUUUUGUUGA